GAAGUUGAAGGGUCUGUAACAAACUCCUACAUAUUCCAAGAUUGAUCAACAUGUCUGGAUUAACUGGAACAUGGGAAUCAGAUGAAGUGCAUGGUUUGGAAUCCAUUGUCGAUCAUUUCGGUGUUGAUUGUGAAAUGAGAAAAUUGUUACUCACAGCUAAUCCAACAUAUACAUAUACACCAUUAGGAGAUGAUGGAAUGAAAAUUAGAGUUGAUUCAGAAAUCAGAAAUGCUGAAGUCUCCUUUAAAUUUGGUGAAGAAAUUGAUGAGAAAACAGUCCUUGGUAGAGUGUGUAAAAGUAUGUAUAGAAAAAUAUCCAAUAAUGAAAUUGUUAAUACUCAAAGACAUCCGGAGGGAAUCAUUGAAAUUGAUCACAAGGUAGACGGGAAUAAGCUCGUAAUGACCGUCUGCGUUGCUGAUAAAAAGUGUUGUAGAACAUUCCAUCGUAAACAAUAAUCCCGCAGUAUUAAUGGCAGUAAUCUCCUUACUUUCGUCGUAAUAGUAAUUGUUAAUAAUAUCUAUUAAUUGAAUAAAUGUUUUUAGAACAAAUUAUCA